GAACGCAAGAAAAAGCGUAUAACAUGACAUUAGCCUGAUCCUGCCUGCGAGCGAUGUUCAAUAAUCGUCCUUCGAUUCGUAAUUCAUCUAGAAUUUUAUCUGCGAGUGAGAUUCAGGUGUGAAGUGAGUAGUCAUUUGCAUCAACUUGAAAAGUGAAAGCUAUGCGAGGGGAUCGUGAUGAAGAUGGUGAUAGAGGUGCAGGUAGUGGAGUGAAGGUAUAUAUCAUAAUUAUCGCGAAAGGUUGACAAGACCAAGAGCGUCGUACCAACUCCGGCGCGGCGGUGUUGCGACAUUCCAACCAUCUCGUUGUGAUGAAGAUCCUCAGAAAAAGAUUAAAAACAUCAUCUAGCACUUUUUCGCUUACAUGUGUCCGUUUUCGGACCGAGACAAGGACGACGAGCCAGUCCGGUAGAACUAGAAAAACGAAAAUCUUAGUGCAGCCGAAAAAUCUAGCUUCAUCGGAUCGAAAACAAAACAAGAUGCUCUACCGGUUGGUGAACUGCGACGAGCUGGAGUCGUUUUCGUGUGUGGCCAAGGUCAACGUCAAAGAGGAUGACACGCACGAGUUGGAUUUUGUAGAAAUUGUACCCGAUAGCACGGAUCCGCACCAUUUCGAGGAGACAGUUGAAUGGAACGAGGAGGCGUUCGCAGAACUGACAAGAGGUAGAGGACUAAAUACAUGCGGUUUCUUGAUCGUAGCAUAAAACUCCAUUGAGUUUCGUUAACAAAUAAACUAACGGGAGUUUCUCAUUUUUCAACAUUCGCCUGAAACAAGAAACACUUCGUCUUCUCUCGUCCAGGUAUUCGCAAAGCGGUGAACAAGGAAUUCGAAGACGGCGCGGUUCCCAAGGACCUCACUCUCGGGGACUCGCUGACCAAGGUGCGGCGCAUCUGGAAGGGCGCUCGCGACGGCGUCCCGCUUUACUACGGCGCCGAGCGGUGCGCGGCGCCGCUGUUGCGCGUAGGCCGCGUGACGUCGACCUCGGCGGAGGUGAAGUUUCACAUCGUGGGCACGCCGGAAGUCGACCCACACGUGGAACGGUUCGUCAUGGAGGUAUGUCUGAUUUUUCACAGCAAUUUACGGUGUGGCGUCCUUGGGCAUUCAUGCUUUUGCUUCGUGCUCAUGCACCAGGAGCUGAGGUUUCGUAGACGACUUCACUUUUCCUUUUUGCAACUGAGUACCGCGGACGCUCCACAAAGCGACCGCGAUUUCAGUUCAGGAUCCAUAACAUGUUUAUUCCAGGUCUACGCCUACGAUUUUAGCGAGACCGACCCUCAACUAGACGAACCCGAGCCGAGCGCCGUUCCCCCAAAGCCCGGCUUUGUCGACUGGGAAUUCGGAAUCUCCUCGACAAAAAGGCGCUCUGCCGCCUCGCCGUCUGCCAAAACGAACAAAACGAGAACGGGUUCAAGUAAUAGCGCUUCAACGUCAUCUUCUACAUCCGGAAUAAAUCAUCGAGGCACGACUAAUAUCAGGUCUCCGCAGACCGGCAACAGCAAAAAAGGCGAGAUGUCAACAAAUCCCUUCUCCCUGCUCGCCAAGGAUCCGCGUUUACGUAAGCAACUGGUGUUCGAAACCGAGGAGAUAAAGGGGACGGACCGCAGCUUCGUGCUAACGGACUUGAGGCCGAGCCGCGUCCAUUUCGCGCGGGUCCGGGGCAGGACGAAGCGCUGGGAAACCGAGUGGUCGGAAGAAAUCAAAUUGACCACACUGGUUGCGAAGGAUCUGGUGUUUUAGGAAAAAUCGCGAAAGUGGGGGAGAAGAUGAAACCCAAACCCCACCAGGACCUGAUGAAGCAGACCCGCACGACAGGCCAGGACCAACGGCGCAGCGGGGGCAAACACGUAAAAAGUACACCAGAAGCUGGGCUCCGGUUCUUCGCGGCUUUCCUUUCUGUAAUGUUGUACAUGUAAAGUAACUACUCUACAGUUUUCACUUUUGUUUCAGUUUCUAUUGAAAAGUUACUUCAUACCCACCAAAUGAACUAGAAGUACACCUUCAAGGUGAGGAAGGGCCAUCGCUCCAAUUGUGUGGCACGCGUGCGGCAGUGCCUCACUUUACAACUAUGAGCUUCAUCUGAGCAUCCUCUAUGAGCACUUCUUUACGAGAAACAGAGAAAGUUCAAGUUGAAAGAUCUUUCAUUAUUCGUUCAAACGUAUGAUCUCAAUCUCUCCGUGUCCGUUGUUACUGCUCGAAAUGAACUCUAGGUUGAUGAACCUGACGAAUCAUGUAUCGAAACAAG